AUGUCUGACACCAAGGGCUCUGACCUGAACGAGGAUUCUGCAUUAGAGUUUGAUGAGGAAAGUUAUCAUGAAUCUGAGGAUGAGGACUUCGAUCCCAGUAAAGAGCAGAACAAAAGGAAAACAACUAAUGACAAUAAAAAAACAGACGUCAAUGCCAAUAUAAGUGACAGUGAUCAGGACGAAGAUGAAGAUGAGGAGUAUGACGAGGAAGCUCAAGAAGAAGAGAAGAAAUAUAGCAGUAUUGUUAGCGAAUCCGGCGGCCUCAUCAAAACUAGAAGGGCAAGAUUACAAGAAGAGCACGAUGCUUUAAAGAAUAAAUACGAACAAAUAGAUAUUGCAGAAACUUCCGGAAAAUCUAAUGAUUUAUGGCGUCAGUUGAAGGAACGAGCACUUAGUAGAUCACAAUUUAACGGAUCUGUGAUGGAUCAAGAUGCCGGUUCAAUAACAGAUUCUAUGCAAGAACAGAAGAUAUUGAUCGAACGUACUUAUAAAUUUGCAGGCGAAGUAAUUAAAGAGAAAAAAUGGGUUCUUCGUCACAGCGCAGAGGGUCAAGAAUAUCUCAAUAGCAUCAAAUUCAAAACCGGUACUCUCGAUAAAAAUACGGUACCGCCUGAUACUGUUAAAAAUACUCAAGCUCAACAAACUGAAGGGAAACAAAAUAGAGUUAACGAGGCAGGACGUCUUUUAAAGAGGCAUCUGAAAAGGCCUCCUAUUCUUGAGCAAAUAAUAGCCGGAAAUCUAAAGCCUAAACUCACAACAUUAGAGAAAUCCCAACUCGAUUGGGCCAGUUACGUGGACAAAGAAGGUAUUCACGAGGAGUUAAACCUUCACAACAAGGACGGUUUCUUAGCAAAACAAGAUUUCUUGAAUAGAGUGGAGUCUUCCAAGGAUCAAAAAUACAGAGAACUUCGAAAAUUGCAGUUGCAAACGGAGCAACAGAAACAGUAA